AUAUUAUAACUUGAUUUAAGGCAUAGCACAGCGUAUGCGCACACAGUCUGCUUGAAAUGCUAAAUUCAUCCAUUCCUGCGUGAACAUAAUUUUUGUUACUUUUUAAAACAUUCCUGUGAGUUUAAAAAUAAGUAUAUAGUUUUAAUUUCUUUACCUCCAUUUUUAUUGUAUUGUCAAUAUGCUCUGUCUCGCUUCUCACCUUUUUUCAUGAAGAAUUCAUAUUUCUAAUCAAUAUUUAACUCCAAGCACACCGCCGGUAUUUGGGGGGAAAUGACGCGUGGCGCUUAACUUCGCGUAUUUUUGAAAACGCCCUGAAAAUGACUAAAAACAUCCCCUCAGAAAAAUCAACGAUCCUCACAUGUUACACUCUAAAUAUGUGCAUGAAAUUUCCAUAUAAGGAUAUCGUGACCUUUCCGAUCAUGACCCUGUAUUCUGCUUCCGUGGAAACCAAUUUAUGGUCACACCGCAGGCGAUUUUACCGUGUGGCUUGGAUUCUUCAUAUCUCCGGUAUUCAAGUGUAUUUCCGAAGAGUGAAGUACUUGUUACAUUUUUUAGGGAUGAUAUUAUUUUGUCCUGAAAAUGAGUGUAACUAGCAAGGAAAUGGCUUUGAAUUGAGCAAACCAAAUUUUGGUUCACGAUUUCGAGGUACUACGCGCUUGACUUCAAUCAUGGCAUCCGCUGACUUCAGCGCAGAACAUACACGAAUACUCCAACUCACCGGAUGGACUGCCGAUGAAAUUCACUCUCUUGUACACGAACGGAAAUGUCCUGAUCACUGGUGGGAGGACCCAAGGCCUACUUUUGGCUUAAUGGAAAUCAUCAGAAAAUGUGUUGAUGACACUGAGAGCUUGAGCUUCCGGAAAGACUUUGUUAAUAUUUUGAAGAGCAUGGGCAUCAAAGAACCUAACUGCACAUUACCUGGAAUCCUGUCCAAAGUGAAACGCAGUGCUUUAAAAGCAAUCAGUGCUGAUAACUUAGAAUCCCUAUGUGAAGAAUAUACAGACUUGUCUGGGUCUAAUCGUGUUAUUGGUUCAGCAUGUCAGCAAUUGGGAAUUACUCCUGGUUUGUUGAAAGAAGGAUGCAGUAAUUUACAAGGAGAUAUCUCAAAUGGAAUCAUUGUAGAGCUAUUUCAUUAUCGUAGACGAAAUUCCAUUCCUUGGAAGACUGUUCUUGAUGAGUGGUGGUGUGCACUUUUUCCAGAAAAAACUGGUGAAGUACCACAUAGAGGAACUGUUAUAAGUAGUUGGAAAAGUGUAGCCACAAGGAGGAUCAAAUUGUCCCGAGAUUCAUCAAGAGAAAGGUUGGAGGAAUUUUUAAGAACUCCCUACUGCUAUCCAACUAAAAGACCCAUCAAUGAAGAGCAACUGGAAGAUGACCAUCCUGAUGGAAAUGAGCCUCCCCUGACUACUAAAGAUGACAGUGAGCUUCCCCUGACUACUAUAGAUGACAGCAACGAGGACAUCGUGAGCACAUUUGAUGAUGCCACUAAGAAUAAAAGAAUAGUUAUGAAGAGGUACCAAGACAAGGUUAAGGAUAUGAAGAAGGAAAGGCAAGAGAUGAUGGACAGACAGCAACAAGCAAAAGAAGAAAAGAAGAGAAAAUCAGUAGCAACAGCAGUCAGAGCAACUGAGAUGGUAAACAAGUUGUGUGAUGGUCCUUGUACCUCCAGUGCUGAUGUGGAGUCCAUGAUGGCUAAGAAGGCUCCGUCUGAUCAAAGAAAGGCUCUGUUGGCACAGAUUGACUACUACAAGUCUGUUAACAAAGGAUUGGUCAAAGGUGCUUUGUUUUUUAAGUCAAAGGCUGGUAAACCCCUAAGCGCAUCUGACCUGUGUGACAACUUAAAAGAGAUAAUUCAGGUUGUUCAUUCAGCCCCCAUCGGUCAGUCAGAAGAUGCUGAAUCUGGUACAUCCUGCACAUUCCCUGAUAGUGACACUCUUCAAGAAGAAAGGAAGGCAUUAAGAGAGAAACUGCUAUCAAAAGUGACAGGGAGAAAGCGCAAAGAACCCUUUCCUGAAACUACCAUUUUACACAAAAGAAUUAAACACAAGUUUCUUCCUGAAGGUGGCAAACGUCUUGUCACAUACCAUGGCAGAGUGUUGAGAAAGAGUACUCAACAGGACAUUGAAGACUUGAUGGAAUGUAACGAUCAGGAAUAUUUCGACAAAGGUUAUACAUUUUACACCCUUGUGUAUGACAAUGACGAGAACCUGUACACAUAUCCUCUUGAGAAGGAAUGGGAAGAUAAUUGUCUGGAGCUCAUGUAAGAAAGGCAGCCAAAGUUAUUCAUUUGUACAAAGGAAAGAAAAAUGAUGUCUUAACUGAAAAUGAACUCUGCACAAGAGAUUUUGGCCCAAGUUCACUUCAGAGUUAUAGCAUUGAUUUGAGAAAGAUUACUUAUCAAUUCAUCAGGAUAUUGAAAUGAAUACUUAAUGGAUCACUAACCUUUAUUAUUUGGACAAAUUAUUUACAUAUCAGACUUCUAUGGUGGUUUGACAAUGCUUAGUAAUGGAACAUAUAUCUUCUGGAAUUCAGUAAUUCAUCCAUGUCGACAGAUAAAGAGGUAUGUGAAAUAAAUUUGCUAUCUUUUUUGUGUGUUUGAAAAGAAACUAUUCAUGCACACACCGAAAAUAAAUUUCGUUUUUACUCAAUGUAAUUGCAUUUAUUGCAUGAAUCCACCAAUUACAAUUAUGUUCAGGGAAUAACACUAAUGUACAAAUUAUUUUUACUCAGUACAUGUUUAUAGCUGCUCUUUUUGUAGUAAAUCAAGAUUACUUCAUCUUUUGCAAUACAUAAAAACAUUGAAUUGUAAUAUUUCCUGCCAUAUUGAGACACUAGUUUGUGGUACAUAUAAUAUGAAUGUCUUUCAAAAUUUUGUACCAGUCCACCAAUUAAUUUUUUACUCUUACAGUUUAUACAAACCUGCAAUCAAAAAUCUACCAGGCAGAUUUUGGAAAAUUCUAAUGAAACAGCAUCUGUUAUAUUAUUGUUGUGCUAAAAAAAAAACACAAGUUCAAUGAAUGAGGUAGAAUAUCUUAUGCAGACUGUCCAAUGGCUUUUACUAUGCCUUGAAUGCCCUCUUAUCCCUUCUCAUCAGGUUGUCCGCUCAUUUGUGUCUGGCUGCAGUUUCCCCUUUCUCGAUUUGAUUCCCUUGGCUGUUGCUCAUUGUCCUUGUCAUGACCUACUUGAAAUGGGAUGAAGAUUACAGUUAUUUUUUGUUAAAUUGUUUGAAGUCAGAAUUCAUAGAAAUGUAUUAAACAUCAAUGUUAUUAAAAAUUCAAUUUAUUAUGCUAAAAUUGGGAAUAUAUUAAAAUAUCUAAUGAAACAGCA